UCGCGGACGACCCAUUCCGAGCGCCGAGCCGGCGCCUGCGAGGCGGAAGCGGAAACGGAGACGCCGAGCGGCAUCAUGGAGUCCCUCCUGCGGCAGCUGGAGUGCUUCUCGGAGCUGCUGGCCGUCUCCCGUUCGCCCCACGUCCGCACCUGGGAGCCGGCGACCGUGAGCAGGGCCCUGCAGUGGGCGCGCUAUCUGCGGCACGUCCACGGCCGCCUGAGCCGCCACGAACGCGUGCGCCUGGCGCUGCGGAGGCUCCUGAAGGAUGGCGGGGCUCGGGGGGCCGCCAUGGCACCGGGGCUCCCGGACCUGCAGGCGCUGGGGCGCGGGGACCUGCUGCUGGCGCUGCGGCUGCUGGACAACCGGGCGCUCGGCCCCGCCGCCUGCCACCGUCUGCUGCAGGAGCUGGGCCCCGGCGGCCCCGACGACCCCCGGGACUCGCUCUCGGCCCGCGCGGCCCUGCUGGCCCGCCGGCGCUCCGCGGUGCGCCUGCUGCUCGGGGCGGUCCCGGCCGCCCCGGGGGGCUGCGUGGUGCGGACCCAGGCGCGGCUCCUGCUCACCCGCCUGCAGGAGGCGCGGGGCGCGGCGCACGGCCUGCUGCACGUCCUGUGGGGGCGCUGCCCGCGGGACAGCCUGCUGCAGGUCACCGCCUGCGCUCUGGGGCCCCCGCCCCGGGAGGGCCACCUGCACCCCGACGGCCCCCAGGCCGCGCCCGAACUGGCCCGCUGGCUUCUGGACACCCCGGAAGUCGUCGAGGCCUUCUGCCGCGACCUCCCCGCCGGCCUGGUGACCUCGGCGGCCUGCAGCCACCCAGCGCUCGCCCGCGCCUACCUGCGGCUCCUGAGCCAGUGGGGCGGCCAGCUGCUCUACGACCUGCCGACAGGUGUGUGGGCGGCCGCCGCGGACAAGCACGUCUCCUGGCAGGACCUGUGCGGCAGGUUCCAGAGCCUCUGCCAGGCUCCCCCACCUCUCAGAGACCAAGCCGUCGCCACUCUGCAGGCCAACAAGGCUCAAGAUGGAGAUUUCGAAGUCCCUGGCAUUAGUGUUUGGACUGACCUCCUGCUGGCCCUAGGUGGGGCGGUACGAUGACACGUGGCCAGGGACCCGGCUCAGUUGCCAGCUCACGUUCAAUGUCUGCGCACCACUGUUAGGUUCAUCGUCACCCCAGCUACGGUUUAGGGAACCAGGUGGCGAUGCACCUGCUUGAGCACACCCAUCACCAUGUACAAGGACCCUGCUUCAGUCCCCCCAGUCCCCAGCUGCAGGGGGGGACGCAUUGCGAGCGCUGACGCAGGGCUGCAGGUCGUCUGUCUUGCCCUUGACCGUCAGUUGAUCUGACUUUAUUAAGUAAAUAAAUUAUUUUUU